AUGGAAAAAUACUCAGAAGAAGUAUUCACAACUUCACUGUUCGAAGAAAAAGUGGCUGUAGUUUGUGGUCCAGCAGGGAACAAGUUUAUGCUCUACACUGCAAACGAUUGUCUUGCUUCUUGGGUUCCUUCUGCAGCUCUAAAGUUAUUCAAUUGGUUGGAUUCACCUGGUCUAUCAGUCAAAGAAGUAAUUUCAAAAGGUCGCAAUUUUCUUUACAGUGAAAUCCUGAAGCCCGAAUCUUUGAGACAGUACAUCUCCAUCAUGGAUUCCUUGGCCAGGGAACAUAUGAAAACUUACUGGGAUGCUUCCCAAAUGGUAAAGGUUUAUCCUCUUACCCAGAAAUAUACACUUUCAUUGGCCUGCAAAUUGCUACUUGGUGCUAAAGAUGCUCACCAAGUUGAAAGAAUAUCUGAAUUUUUCCAUCUCACAUUGCAAGCCUUGUUCUCAUUGCCUAUCAAUCUGCCUGGCACCAAAUAUAAUCGUGCUUUGAAAGGGCUAGAAAAUCUCAAGCAGCACUUCUUGAAUAUCAUUGCAGAGAAGAAGAAUACCCUUUUAGAGACGAGGGAAAGUACCAAUUCGAAUGUGUUGUCUCGCAUGCUGCUGGACAAGAACGUCGGCUCCAUUAGCGGUUGGGUAAAGUUAAAUUUAUUGGGUCGCAGGGAUAUAAAUAGGUUAGGUACGGGGGGAGGAGAGCGAGAAGAAAAUGGUGAGGAGUUAAAAAGUGGCGAGAAAGAUUGA